AUGAGCCGCAGGCGCUGGCACGGCUGCCCCGGGCCGGCCGCAGGGCUGCCGCGCAGCGAGGCCCCCGGGAGAGCACAGAAGACCGUGCGGAGGCCAGAGGGCCGGGCCGAGGAGGCUGGGAAACAAGGCGAGCGGCGGGGGAGGGGCUCACCGCUCAGCGCGGCCUGCACACCUCACCCGUGGACAGGGCCCGGCAGCGGCGCACUGGCCCUCCUCCCCACCUGCCUCGCCCUGGCCUUCUCCCUCACGGCCCUGGGCAGCAGCUGCUGGUGUGAGGGGACCCCGAGGGUGGUUCCAUGUCGGGAACGCUCGGGAGAGCUGCACUGCAUUCAUUUCAGCGGGAGCAGCAGCAACAGCAGAAGGGACAACGAGAGCCAGGCUGUCCAGUACCUUUGGGGGAUGGGGGACGGCAAGUUCAUCCGGUGCAGGUUCCACAAGGAGAGCCCCGGGGACAGCGCAGGUGAAAAGUGCAGGAGUUUCCAGAGUAUAAUACCAGCUGAAGAACAAGGUGUUUUGCGGCUGUCCAUCGGGGCCGAGGUCCUGAAUAUCCUCCUGACGUUGAUAGGUGCCAUCCUUCCGGGCUCCAGACUGAGUUACGGCUCCUCUGGGCUCCCCUGAUUCCACGUGGAUGCCGCUGUGGCCGUCCUCACGGUGCCCCAGCGUCACUGCAGCAGGCAUGCCACCCACAGCCUGCCCAGAGCCAGCCACGAGGCUUCGAAGGGCACUCAGCACCCUCAACACAGCUUCCCGGAACCAGAGGCCUCGGAGGCUGUUUGGGAAACAGAAGCUGCUCGCAGCCUUGCGGGGCAUGCCCUGGUGGGUCUCUCUGAGCACCUGCCACCAGGUGCCCCAGUCAAGGCGUCCGUGUGCUAG